AUGAGCACCAUCCAAACCGAUACCAUCUUGCUGUUCAGUCAUGUCAGCAAGAUAUACUCGAACACCGCCUUGGAUUUGAAGGCGAGUCUUUGCGGGCUUCAAGAUCAAUGCCACUCUGUCGAUGACGGAAUUUGGUUCGGCUCAUGGGCUACAUUCAUCGACACUGUGCACACCUAUGUAUCAAGACUCAUCCAUCAUGGCGAAUAUUUGAAGGAGCGAUAUGACUUCGCUGAAAUAGGUGCCCGGCAGCUCUACCGGGUUCGCUAUAUGAUCGAGAAAUUCAAGGACGAGUUCGAGACCGGCUAUAUCGCACAACCCGAAGCCGUCCAAUAUCUUCUCUGCAGAUGGCGGCUCCACAAGAUCCGAGAGUAUCGCACAAAGCUCUCGGUCAUCGUCGCAUCCGCCCUCCAGAAUCUGAAGGUCAAGGCCUCCAUCGAAGAUGAUCGACACAUCGUGGCGAUCAACAACACCCUUCGGAGCCGUUUGGGGGAUGACGAACGCUCCAUCCAUCGGAGUAUUUAUGAGGUCAAAGGUCAACUGUAUAGCAUCUUCAGACCGCCGUCGAGGGACGAAGAAAUUCCGAAGAUCAUUAGGAAGCUCAAGCAGGUCCUCGAACUCGAAAUCGCGAAUGGAGCUAGUGGGUCAUGUAUUCACGAAGGCGCCCGGUACCUGAUCGACCUUUACAAGCGAAGCCUCGACACCCAGCCAACACACACCCCAUCGACGUGGAGUAUCCCAGAAGAAAACCUCGUCAGCAAGCGAGGUGUCGCCAAACAUGUCCUUGGUGAUGAGACUUGGACUAUUAUGAAGGCACGAUAUUUUGGGACCGGAGUGAUCCUCCUCCAAAAGGAUGACCUCAGCCCCGUCGAGUUGAAUCGGUUUCGAGUCUCCGUUUCCAAGUGGAUCAACCUUCGUCAUCCGGCGAUCGAGAGUCUUAUUGGGGUUUGCAACGAUGGUCCAAAUGUCGCUCUGGUGAAGAGUCUAUAUCGACAGCCGUUGGCAAGGACACUGAAGCAGUACCGGACCAAUUUAAGACAGGAUCGAUGUCUUCCUCUGCGAAUGCGCUGGAUUCAUGAGGUUGCAACAGGUAUGGCCUAUAUCCACAAGCAUGGCCUCGUUCAUGGGGAUCUCCGGCUUGAAAACAUCGUCAACGACCGGUACUGUGUCCAAAUCACAGUCAACUCAUGUAUCCACCGAGACAUCCAAGGUCGCCCUGUACAACGAGACGGAGUGUCGUAUGCCCCAGAGCUGCGUCGAAGGUUCCCAGCCGAACCCACGAUGGCCACAGACGUUUAUGCCUUUGGCAUCCUUAUGUGCUAUCUCAUUUACUGUCGACCGCCGGAAGUGUUGCAGCAUAUCGAGAAGAUGACACAGCCCGUCGAUGGUAUUCCUGCAGAAGUGUCAAGUGUGAAGCCAAAGUUUUAUUCUAGAUCCAAGGCUUAG